CGUUCACAGCUGUGCAGCUACCCCACGUAGGUUCUCAUAUCCGGAGAGACACAGACACAGAAAGGAGAGAGAGAGGGGGAGAGAGGCUGACGUCCCUCUUUUUUUGUAUUUUUUGCUCUGCAGACUCGUGCGUGACUUCUCUGCUCCCGGAUUUCCCUUCAACUUAUUCUUCUCUUUGCGGGUUUUUUCUUUUUUUUUCUUUACAUUUUUUUUGUACAUUGUUUGCACUGUCGCAUUCCUGCGUCCUCCGAGUCUUUGGAAUGAACUGUUUUCCUGCCUGCGUCGUUUCCAUGUCAGCAUGGGAACUGCCGUGUCCAAAAGGAAGAAUUUAAGAAACGAUGCGAUAUCUUCUGUGGCAGCAAAAGUUAGAGCAGCGCGAGCAUUUGGAGAGAACCUGUCCCACACACACUCUGAAAACCGAAACGGAUCAGCUCAUCUUCUGUGUGAAACCUUGGUGGGUCCUGACCCAGAGUCGCCAACUGACACGAUUGGCCCCAACAACAACAACCACCUCCAUCCCUACACCAGCAUCACCAAGGGCUGUGAGGACAACCCAGAGUCCAGCCUGGUGAAGCAGCCACUGGGCUUGCUCCCACCACCUCCCCCAUCCGUCACCAUUUCUACCAAGCCGGCGCGUUUGUCCCUUGAGCGCAGCUUCUCAGUAGAAGAAGAACAGCAGAAGUGUGUUGAGUGCACCCUGCAGCCUGCUCGUGUGUACACUAUCACCACCCAGCACGGUAUGCUGAUGAGCAGCGGCCGGGGCAGCAAGGAGAGCCUAGAACUGGAUGUCCUGAAGGAGAAGUCGGGGAGUGGCGGGGUGGGAUCCAGAGGUGGCUUGAUCCAGCCCUUUGCUUCCUCUUCCUCCACCUCUUCGUCUCCAACCCAGUACCACCACGCCAGUGGUGGCCGUGGCGCCAGCAGCUGUGGCCCUGGCAGCCACCACCACGGCAACCAUCAUCACGGGAACCAUCACCACGGGAACCACCACCACCACGCCGUUGCAGGCACCAGUGUACCAUCCAGCAGUGGAGGAAGCAGCGGGGCGAGCGGAAGCAGCAGUAGCAACCAGCAGCAGCAGUCUCUAAACAUCGCCGGGUCCCACUCCCAUCAUGCAUCGCACCACUCCCACCACCACCAUCACUUGUCUCAACCACCGCUGCAGACCUCCGUCAGCGCCCACAACAUCCGCAGCUGGGGCGAGGGCGGGAAAGGGGAGGCGGAGUGCAGCGGGCUGGCCUGCGACUCGUGCAGUGGCGCCCCCUCGCGGAGCCAGGGCUCACUGGACCUGGAGAGCGCGCCCCGAGAGCCAGGCAAGCAGCACAGACGCCUAGAGCGGAUGUGGAGUGUGGACCGGAUGACUGGGCUGGAGAGAGAGGACACUAACUGGUUCCCCAAGGAAAAUAUGUUCACCUUUCAAACUGCCACAACAACCAUGCAGGCGUGAGUGGCUUUCCGGGGAUUUGUGCAGAGAAAAAGGAGAGAGAGGGAGCAGGAUUCGGCAGAAGUCAUCCAGAGGAACUUCCGGAAGCAUCUUCGGAUGGUGGGCAGCAGAAGGAUUAAAGCACAGACAUUCGCUGAGCGUAGAUCGAAGAGUUUCAGCCGUUCCUGGAGCGACCCCACCCCUGUCAAGACUGACUCUCCUCAUGAGCCCAGAGACAGUGGAGACCUGCAGACCUCCUGCGGCACCCUGGAUGAAGGAGGCCUCGAUGACACUAUAGACUGGGAGGAGGAGAGAGAGAUGGAGCGGCUGGCCUGUGAGGGAGACGACUUCGUACCUCCCAAAAUCAUGCUGAUCUCUUCUAAGGUCCCCAAGGCAGAGUAUGUUCCCACUAUAAUCCGCAGGGAUGACCCCUCCAUCAUCCCCAUCCUCUAUGACCAUGAACAUGCAACAUUUGAUGAUAUUUUGGAGGAAAUAGAGAAGAAGCUCACAGCUUAUAGGAGAGGAAGCAAGUUUUGGAGGAUGCUCAUCUUUUGUCAGGGAGGCCCCGGUCAUCUGUAUUUACUGAAGAAUAAAGUGGCAACCUUUGCUAAGGUGGAAAAGGAGGAGGACAUGAGCCAAUUCUGGAGGAGGCUCAGUCGCUUCAUGAGUAAAGUCAACCCAGAACCCAACCUCAUCCACAUAAUGGGGUGCUAUGUCCUGGGUAACCCCAAUGGAGAAAAGCUGUUCCAGAAACUGAAGAAUCUGAUGAGGCCUUAUUCUGUUGAGUUCGAGUCACCGCUGGAGCUGUCUGCACAGGGCAAAGAGAUGAUUGAGAUGUACUUCGACUUCCGCCUCUACCGACUUUGGAAGACACGCCAGCACUCCAAACUCUUGGACUAUGAGGAUUUUUUGUGACGAAGACACCAGGAUAAUGGGUGCAGCGGAGCCCUCCAGUGCCACGAGGAACCUGUUACAACUGAUCCAAUGCUCAACUCUAGUGCUCGAACCAUCAGCUCAAUAUAAAACAGUCAUCACCUGCUUUCAUCCUGGAAAGGGCUGGGAGGAGAGGAGGAGGAGGAGGACGGAUGGCAGGACAAGGAGGCCGAAGACAAACUAAAUAACGCUGUGCCUCUGUUUUUCCUCAUUUCCAGAGUAAGACUAACAAAAAGGGCAGAAAUACUACAAAUAAAAGAAAAAAAUGAGGAAAAAGCAGAGAUAACUGAACUAUCCACAUCGAUAGAAUGCCCAAAAGGAAAGUCAAAAAUUCAUACGUGUACAAAAAAAAGAAACACCAUUUUAGUCACACCUCUGCUGAAAGGACAUAUUUUCUGAGGCUGAAGUGCUUCAGCCUCAGAAGCUCACUGAAAGUCAUUCUGUCAUAAUAUGGUUCUGUGUUUUUGACUGGACCGCUCAGAUAAUCUCAGACCCCGGAGACAUACAUGUACAUUGAUAAUCCAUACUCCGAUGUGUGUAUAUAUCACAUGAAUAUAUUAGCAUAGCUUUAGUCAUGCAAAUAAUACUCUAUAUGAGAAUAAUGAUGCAUCAUUUAUUUUUGAUGUGCAUUGUUGUGCAGUUUCAUAUGGAAAUACUUUGGAAUAACUCAGGUUUUAGCCAUGAAGUAAUCUGUUUGUCUAUUCUAUCAAGAUAUUGUAAUCUUCAUCGCCAUCGCUUGGAAUGAAUGUAUUAUCUCUCUAGAAAUGCAUCUUCAGUUUGAGGAAUUAAGCUUUAUGUUUUGGUAAAAAAAAAAAGAAAAGAAGGAAAAAAGAAAGUACAAUGUGCUGAUUUUGUGUGUGUGUGUGUGUGUGUGUGUGUGUGUGCACGCAUGUGUUUUCCAUGUUAAAAAAACAAACAAACAAAAAAAAAAACACGCAGAUGUGUUGUGUGUAUUUUCUCUAUCUGCUCCUCUGUUGAAGCAAAAAGGACUAUCACCUUCAUCUCCACAAUUAUCUCUCUGUCACAUACACAUAGACAGUCUGGUAUGAUUCAUGAUGUCAAGAGGGAUGUAACAGCCAUCCAAGUGCUCCUACCCCUGUAGUGUAGGAGUUGCCCUGUUGACCCCUCCUGCACUUUUGCAGAAGGUUUCGGGCCACUUAGCCGGCCCCUGUCGGCGGCGCCGGCUGCUCUCACUUCUGCCAAACACCCUUGGCUUCUCUUAAUGGUGGCCAAAUGAGCUUCUGCCACCUCUCACUUCCCUGGGCUGUGAUCCAGUCAGAGGAACCCGAGCUCUCCGAGUUAAACAGAUCUGCCAGAAGUUGAAGCUGUUAACAGCCAUCUGCUGCCCCUGCCAGGUGUCAGCUAUAAAAAAAAAAAAAAGGCCAGAAAAUAUGCACUGAGUGUGUGUCCAUGUCUGAGACCCGUCGCACUGCCCCGAGUGACCCGAGCUCUCUCAAACAGACUGAGAACUGUCAAAUGUGCAGAGAGCAGCGGCCGAGGACAGCAAUCUGAAACAAUGCGCAAGUGCUCACACACAGACACACAAAUAAAAAACUAGGGCUGGGACAAAAAUAAACCAGUAUUUGAGUUAUCAAAUACUUUCUAGUUUUUCAGAUGUAGGAUACUGUAGGUGCACAUCUGAGAGAAGUUUGUGCUCUGCCAAAGUCAUAGUAAAUUAUACAAUGAGACAGAGGCACUCAAAGCAUAGACAAUCUGUCCUCAAUAUGCCAUGUUAUUUUGUAAGGAUUUGGUAAGCUUGAAACAAACUAGGUUGUAUGAGGUUUUGUUCAACCAAGCCUAAAAGGUAUAACUGGUUAAACUUUGCCACUGUCAGAGGUGAAGUGAAAAGGCUGCGGACAGGAUGUGAUGAACUGUAUACAUAAGAACAGCCUCCCCUCAAAGGCAUUCAUGGCACUGCACUUGGUCGUACACAUAAAAAAGGUGACAGAAGCAGAGGAGCUUGAAAGAGGAGUUCAAAUCCUGAAUUCUUUAUGCACUCAUUACUGCAUAAAGUGGUGUUGGACAGAGUUUUUAAAAAGUUUAAAAAAUCGUUGAAUGCAGUCCCCCCUAUUUCAACAUUGAUACAGUAUGGGGGAUGGGGUUUUCAGACUCUGUUAGGUGCUCUUCAGUUGAAGCAUACAAGACCUUAAGCGGACACAUUUCAGCAAAAGCCGCUGAUGAUCUUAAAAAUUGCUACCUGAAAAAAAAACAUUUUCCAUUUAUGCUGGUCUUAAACAUCGUUUAAGACAUUGCUGUCCUGCUCCUUCUUCUCAAAAUGCUGCCACAUUUCAGGCAUCAUUUUCCUCAACGAGGCGGCAAUCUAAAAAGACAUUGCUCAGUCACAUCGCAGCUCACUGUUCAGACAAUCACAGCAGUGUACAUCAGCUGGAACUGUAAGUUCCGGGAUGACAACAGCUCCUGAAUGUCACACAGAAUCACUAUCAUUACUGAUCAAUUAGCGUGUGCAUAAGUGGUCGGUGCAGAGAAAGUUUACAGUUUUACAGAGAAAGGUCCCAGCCCUAACAUGUGCACACACAAACACAUUCAAACACACACACACUGUCAAAGGUACUCUCUAUCUGUGUAUGGUAAAUAGUUUUCCAUUUGUCAUUAUUUGUAUGGAUGUGUUAAUAUUUGGAGCAUUAAGUGCAGGAUUUUUUUUUGUGUUAAAGUCACCCACUUUCACUGGAGUAUUCUCUAUCUCUCUAUGUGCAGAACUCUGGUUUAUAUUUGCUUUUGCCCUCUCUCUGACAUUGCAGUGCUGGCCCACAGUUUGUCUGGCACAGACAAGUGCUCUCUCAGCCUGAGUCACGCAUUACACGUUUUCACUACAGAUUUAAAAUUCAACAGUUACACAACCUGUCAUAAUCAUUGAGCCAUUUUAAUUCCAGCAGAAGCAUUAAGCUGCCAAAUUCUCAAAGAUUUUGCCCUGAACAGCUGCUGGGUUUAAUGGAAUAUUAUUUUCUGGCAUAAUUUUCAGAUCAGAGAAAUGGACACUGGUGAGUUUAAAGCGAAGCGGCAAUUGGGUGGAUGCUGUCAAUUCAGGAGGUUUUACUUUGGAAAGGGAACUGUGCAUCUUGUGCCACAGAAAACAUAGAAGAAAAUUCUCAAAUGCAGUCUAUACAGAAAUUACUGGUAAUUAUUAAUGUUUUGUUUGGAUUUAUUGGGCUGAAAUGACCAUGAUGUGAAGAGCACUCUGACUCAGGAGUCUGAGAGAGCUUUCUUGUUUUCCUCUUCACCGGAAAUCUAAUUAAAGAUGCAAACAUG